UAUGCACAGAUGGCCGUCAAUUUUUUCACCAACCAAAAAAUAAAAUCCAUUUUCAUUUCAACUCUCAACUUUUCUUUGUGGACACAUUGGUUUAAUUAUCAUUUCGAUCUGUCUUGUCAUCGUUUAUUUUGUCAAUUAUCGUCAGUCAAUCGAAGCCAUCAUCCAGCAAUACAUAAUACUUCACUGAUUUACUUGAAAAACCGUUUUACUAUUGCGAAUUUUGUUUCACUCAACUGACUUUCAUUUUUGUUAUUGUUUUAAAAUUUGCUGUUUAAAUUGAUAGUUAUCAAUUUACCUUCUCAUCUUGGAACUUUAAAUAGUAAACAGUAUUUAAAAAGAAAUGACUUACAGUCGGAAUAGAGUUUUCAUUGGAGGUAUCUCGUCUUCAACAUCCAAAGACGAGAUUGAAAGAGAGUUUGCUAAAUAUGGAAGACUCAAUUCAGUCUGGGUAGCCCAAAAUCCUCCUGGAUUUGCUUUUGUUGAAUACGAAGAUGGUAGAGAUGCCCAAGAAGCUGUUAAACAAUUAAAUGGUACUGCUUUAUUUGAUGACAACAAAGUUCGAGUUGAACACUCUCGAGAUCGUCCCUCAGGUCGAGGUAGAUCUGACCGGGGCUCUGGACGCACUAUGGGGUCCCGAGGCCGAGGAGGUUCAGGAGGCGGAAGCUUUAGCCGAGGCGGCGGCGGCGGCGGAAGUAGUUUCCGCAGCUCUCGAGGAGGCGGAAGUUUCCGUGGCGGCUCUAGCAGUGGAAGUUCUAGCCGAUACUCUGAAUCCCGAAACGGAAGCAGUAGUCGUUAUGGCUCUUCCUCUUCUUCUAAAGACAAAUAUGGGUCCAGUGGAGGUGGAUCUUCAAGCUACAGCAGUUAUCGUAGCAGAUCACCCAUAGGUCACAGCAGUUCAAGAUACUGAUCCUUGUUUUUGCUACAACUUAUAAAGCUGAAGAGAAUCGAAAAAGGAAAAUAGAAAAAAGAAUGCUUUAACGCCAAGUCAAGUGAUGGAGGAAAGCUAUGAGCUAAAGAUCAUAGGCAAACUUAAAGAAACAAGCAACCCUUCCCGUCCCAAUUAAUUUAAAUCAUUCUAAGUUAUUUGGGAGUGCCAUUUGUUCCCCGUUCUCCCUUCACCUUGCAACCUCUUCAACACUGAUUCGCUGACAAUGUCUCUUUGUUUCUAUCUAUUACGCGUUUCUUUUCUCCAAAUCCAAUUCAAUUCAAUAUCCACUCACAACCACACAUGCAACAUAUACAUACACUAAACAACCGCAACCGCAACCACAACCACAACCACAUACAAGCAAAAAACACCUCUCUUUUUCUCUUUCUUUUCCUUCAUAUUAUAUUCUUCUCACGACUUUUGUGACUGGAUUCUAAGUGUAGACACGAUUUCGUUCAUCGUAUCAUCAUUCAAUGGGCAAGCUUGGAAGCAAUCAAAGCAAAGCAAAGAACAAAGGUCCAUCUGAAAGGAGUUAUUUAACCAUCUUACUCUAAAUAUUGAUUUCACUUGAGUGAUUCUAGGUAUCCAAAAAGUAAACAAAAUAUCCAUGAUUUCCCUCUUCAAUCAAACAAUCAUAUAAUUAUAUACACAUUCAAAAAACUUCAAACGCAAUUGGAAACAAAAUCAUUUACCUAUCUCUCAUUUUACCGUCUCUCCAUUUCCUUCAAAAUCAAUCAAAAUAUGAUUCAAUGAUUCGCAUCUGCAUGGAUUUAUUCACGACUUUUAAUUCAAUCCAAUAAAUACACACACACAAACA